AAUACAUAGUCUAAAUUUUUUAGAUAAAAAAAAAAAACAUAAAAUCGAGUAACCAUAAGUUUAAAACGAUUGUGUGCCCUAAUUCUUAAAGUCUUCUUCUUCACAUGUUCAUUUUGAGUCCACGUUGAAAGCUUUGGUAGAUUUGUCUGUUAUUUUGAGUCCACGUUGAAAGCUUUGACAUACAUAUCUGAUAUCUCUUAUACCGUUUAGAUAAAUCUGUUUAAAAAAAAAAGAACAUAGCAUUUAAUCUUCCCAACAAGAAACCUUUCAUUGCGCGUUUGCAUUAUUACACAGGAGCCCACAUUCCCAUUUCUUCAAAGUCACGUUGACUUUCUUUUUUCUUCUCUACUUUCGUUUGAAAUUCGGUUACGUUCCAAAGAAACUUCUCAUUUCACACACUCUCUCUCUCUCAGAGUAAGAACACGGCUGCCAUAUUUUCCUCCACAAAAGGCGUAUCUCUGUGAAUCUGUGAUUUUGAACCACUCAAGAUCAUCUCUCAUGGCUUCUUCUUCUUCUUCAUCUCGUACCUGGAGAUACCGCGUCUUCACGAGCUUCCAUGGACCAGACGUCCGCAAAACAUUCCUCAGCCAUUUACGCAAGCAGUUUAUCUACAAUGGAAUUACGAUGUUCGAUGACCAAGGGAUCGAGAGAAGCCAAAUCAUCGCCCCAGCUCUCACACAAGGAAUUAGAGAAUCGAGGAUUGCGAUCGUCGUGCUCUCGAAGAACUAUGCUUCAUCAAGCUGGUGUUUAGAUGAGCUAUUGGAGAUUUUGGAUUGCAAAGAAGAAUUAGGGCAGAUAGUAAUGACUGUCUUCUACGGAGUAGAUCCUUCUGAUGUGCGAAAACAAACUGGAGAUUUUGGGACUGCUUUCACUCAAACUUGUGCUCGUAAAACAGAGGAGGAUCGGAGAAAAUGGAGCCAAGCUUUGACCUUUGUGGGCAACAUAGCCGGAGAACACUUCCAAAACAGGGACAAUGAAGCGAAAAUGAUCGAGAAGAUUGCAUGUGAUGUUUCAGAUAAACUGAAUGUUACACCAUCUAGGGAUUUUGAUGGCAUGGUUGGACUUGAAGCUCAUUUGAGAAAAAUGGAGUCUUUGCUUGAUUUAGAUAAUGAUGGAGCUAAGAUUGUUGGAAUCUCUGGUACUGCAGGCAUUGGUAAGAGUACCAUUGCUAGAGCUUUACAUAAUGCACUAUCUACCAGGUUUCAGCAUAAUUGUUUUAUGGACAACCUUCAUGAAAGCAAUAAGAUUGGUCUUGUUGACUAUGGUUUGAAGUUACGCUUACAAGAACAACUUCUUUCAAAGAUUUUGAACCUAGAUGGCAUUAAGAUAGGCCAUUCAGGUGUGAUACAAGAAAGGCUACACGACCAAAGAGUUCUUAUCAUUCUUGAUGAUGUGGAGAGUCUAGAUCAACUAGAGGCUUUGGCUAAUAUCAUGUGGUUUGGUCCAGGAAGUAGGGUCAUAGUGACCACUGAAAACAAAGAGAUUUUGCAGCAACAUGGUAUCAGUGAUAUAUACCAUGUGGGUUUUCCAUCAAGUAGAGAAGCUUUAAUGAUCUUUUGUCUAUCUGCUUUUCGACAAAUCUCUCCACCUGGUGGGUUUAUGGAUCUUGCGGUCGAAGUUGCAAAGCUUUGUGGUAAUCUUCCAUUGGCUCUACAUGUUUUGGGGUCAUCAUUGCGGGGAAAGAACUAUUCUGACUGGAUAGAAGAGCUACCAAGAUUACAAACUUGUCUUGAUGGAAGAAUUGAGAGUGUAUUGAAAGUGGGCUAUGAAAGUUUACAUGAGAAAGACCAAGCACUAUUUCUCUACAUUGCGGUCUUCUUCAACUAUGAACAUGCUGAUCAUGUGACAUCCAUGCUGGCAAAAACUAACUUGAAUGUUAGACCUGGGUUAAAAAUAUUACCUGGGUUAAAAAUAUUAGCCAAUAGACAUCUCAUACACAUAGGUCAUGGCGCUAAAGGUGAAGUGGUAAUGCACCGUUUGCUACAAGUAAUGGCUAGACAAGUCAUUUCCAAACAAGAGCCUUGGAAACGCCAGAUUCUUGUAGAUAACCAAGAGAUUUCCUAUGUUUUGGAAAAUGCAGAAGGUAAUGGAUCAAUUGUGGGUAUAUCCUUUGACGUAGGAGAGAUCAACAAAUUAACAUUAAGCGCUAGGGCGUUUGAAAGAAUGCACAAUCUUUUCUUACUAAAAGUUUAUGAUCGGUGGCUUACUGGAAAAAGACAACUGCACAUUCCAGAGGAGAUGGAUUUUCUUCCUCCCCUAAGCUUACUACGUUGGGAUGCAUACCAGAGAAAGACUCUUCCUCGUAGAUUUUGCCCAGAAAAUCUCGUUGAACUACACAUGCCGGAUAGCCAGCUCGAGAAGCUAUGGGACGGAACUCAGCCGCUUCUAAAUCUCACGAAGAUGAACUUCAGAGGGUCAUCUUGUUUGAAGAAACUUCCAGAUCUUUCAAAUGCUUCAAAUCUUGAGAGAUUGGAUCUGUAUGAAUGCAUUGCUUUGGUAGAGCUUCCAUCCUCAAUUUCUAAUCUUCGUAAACUAAACUACUUAGAGACGAAUCUUUGCAGAAGUCUACAAGUCAUUCCAACUCUCAUUAACUUGGCAUUUCUUAAAGAGAUCAAGAUGAUGGGAUGCUCACGAUUGAGAAGUUUUCCAGAUAUUCCUACCAACAUCAUUAACCUCUCUGUAAUGGAGACAACGGUUGCAGAAUUUCCCGCAUCACUUAGGCAUUUCUCGCUUCUUAAGUCUUUCGAUAUAAGUGGCAGUGUAAAUCUCAAGACCUUUUCAACACAUCUCCCCACGAGUGUAACAGAGCUUCACCUAGACAAUAGUGGUAUUGAGAGUAUUACAGAUUGCAUCAGAGGUCUUCAUAAUCUACGUGUCCUUGCUCUAUCAAACUGUAAAAAACUCAAGUCAUUGCCGAAGCUCCCGAGUUCACUCAAAUGGCUACGGGCUAACUAUUGUGAAUCACUAGAGAGAGUAAGUGAACCUUUAAACACACCAAAUGCAGACCUCGAUUUCAGCAACUGCUUCAAAUUGGGUCGACAAGCACGACGAGCGAUUUUUCAACAAUGGUUUGUUGAUGGGCGGGCUCUCUUACCAGGAAGAAAAGUACCUGCACUGUUCGAUCAUCGAGCCAGAGGAAAUUCGUUAACAAUUCCUAAUUCUGCUUCCUAUAAGGUUUGCGUUGUGAUUUCUACAGAGUUCGAUCAUCAAGCCAAAGAUUCUACUAUAGUUUCAAGACUAUUGUGUCGUUGCAGAGUCAUCGGCAACUUAGUAAACUCCACUGACGUUAAGUUUGUCCUAUCCGAUAUCUGCAAAUAUAGAAUGGAGCAUCUGUUUAUAUUUCAUAUAACGAAUCCGAUGCCAUUCUUUUACCCCUCUAGCAGAGAGAUAGUGCUCGAAUUCAGCAGCAUAUACCAAGAUUUCGACAUUAUUGAAUGUGGUGUCCAGAUCUUGACGGAUGAAACAGAUGGAAACAAAAAUGGGGGAUCUGGAGAUGAAGAUGAUCUCUGGUAUAUACAUGAAUUCAGCGAAUCAUUGGACAAAGAAGAAAAAGAUAAUGAUAGCGUCGCUAAGUCUGAAUCCUGCGGAGUGUCAGACAAAGAUGAUGAAGAGGGAAACAAAACUGUAUCUGGAGAAGCGUCAAAAGACAAAGACGAGGAUAUCGCCGACGACAGUGACUCCGAAUCCAUAUCCAAGAAGCAUCCGAGGAAGAGGACGAUGAUAAUUGCUACUACUAAUCUGAAGAAAUGGAUUCUCUGUCUUUUACUAUUUUUCUUGUUUUCGUUUGCUUUUGUUAAAGUCUCUAUCUACUUUGAUCUUCUCUAACAUAUGCCGGUAAUUCCUUGCUAUAAUAUGUUAGUAAGUAUCUCAGUAAAAGUUCCCUCACUUCA